AUGGGUGCUACUUUCAUAGACAUCGACCUUCGCACUCCACUGGUCAAGCAGCUCGAGGAACAUCCCGAAGCCGGCUCCUGCGUGCUAGUCAACACUUUUCACAUUCCGGCCGGUAAGAUGGACGAGGCCUUCGCUGCUUGGAAGAUAGAUGCCGACCUGGCCAAGAAGCAGCCUGGCUUUAUCUCAACCCAACUUCACCGUGGCGUCAACGGUAGCGACACAAUGCUCAACUACGCUAUUUGGGAAUCGACUGCGGCAUUAAAGUCGUACUAUGACCUUGCGGAGUUUCAAGCCUCCCUCAAUAACUACCCUGAUGGAACUGAAUGCCGCAUUGGUCUCUAUCGCAAGCAGCACAUCGACGGUGUCUGCCUUGCCUAA